UGACAAGCUGCCAAAUUUUUAUGCAUUUUAUCAUCAGUCUGAAUCGGUUCUGCGCGGCGGCGUUUCCCAUUCAGUACCGGCAUAAUCAUACCAAUGUGCUGGCGGUGUCGCUGUCGGUUGGAGCCUGGAUUGCCGCCCACACCAUCACGCUUCCAGGAAUAAUUAUCGAUGCGGAGAAGUACCGCAAACUGGACUUGUCGGACGGCUGCCAAGUGGACGUGGCCGUAAACGCCGGUCAGAAGAACUGGAUGAUCUGCGUGCAGUUCUCCACGUGCACGGUGAUCGGCAGCAUCCUCCUCAUGUACGCCUUCAUCAUAUACAAACAGGCGAAACGCCAACGGAAGAUCUUUACCAAAGGCACGAGUUCCAGUGUCCCGACCGAGUACACCUCCGGGAUGGUGGCUUCGAAGAAGCUGAAAGCCAACGCAACCACCUUGCUGACCGUGAUCACCUGCAGUCUGGUGGUGUUUUGGAGCCCAGCAACGAUUUACUACGCCAUCGUUCCGUUUCAGGAUGGGCUGUGGAAUGAAGAUGUGGUGGCGGUGUUGAAUAUCUUGUUCAACUUCCAGACGGUGAUGGAUCCGGUGAUUAUGGCGCUGGCGGUGUCGGAGAUUCGGGAGUAUGUCUUGAGAGGGAUGUACCGCCUGCAGGGCCUUGCCAAGAAAGAGAGCCGCGCGUCAGAUCGAUAGCCUGUAGCUGCCUAGUACCUGCUACGUACGAAAUGCUUUAAUUCACAAUAGCAUGAUAACAAUAUCAAGAGUUAGUUUCCAAGAGUUAGUACCUGCUUACUGGUUUUAUACCAACAGCAGACCGCAGGUGCGAAUGGCGAGCAUCGUUACUUAUAUAUGAGGAGGCUUGAUUGAUUAACAGCUCAAUUUGCGGAAUUAAAGGACGUGUAACCAGUGUUCCUUACAUUGUAUUUGCUGGACGAAACGUCGGGUAAUGUCC